AUGUGCGCGUGUCGACAGAAAAAAUCGUCGUUUCUAAUAGAUGACAUUCUUGAUGAUGCCGGUCGGGGUGUAAAGACUGUAGAUUAUAAUGCCAAUACGAGGUUGGAUGACCUGCAGACGAAAUUCAGCGUUAUGACAGAAGUGCAGAGGGAGCUGGGAGCGACACAAACGAUGGUAAAUCUGGAGCACAGACGGAACACAUACCCUUUAUAUCCUACGCCGGUAAAGGCGAAUUUCGCGUGGCCGUACAAAUUGAAGAGUUUCGAGCAAAGACACUCAGGGUUGUACAGUGAGCCGGUGUUGAAUUCUGAUCAAAUUCUGCGCAGCCAGCUUUCAAUGAGCAGAUAUGUGCCAGCUCCCUACUCUGUACCACCAUUCAACUUUGAUAGAGUACCCUGUUGUAGUCCGUGGUGGGGAAUGGGGGGGAGGCGGAAAGGGGGGCAGGUCAGAUUCAGCGCAGCGCAAACCGGCGCGUUGGAACGGCGAUUUGGUGCUAGCAAAUACCUGAGUCCUGAUGAGAGGCGAGCCCUAGCUUCUUCUUUAAGAUUAAGUGAUAGACAGGUAAAAACAUGGUUUCAAAAUCGGCGGGCAAAAUGGCGCCGUACAACUUCAGAGUCAGCUGACCCCGGCAGCCCGGCCAGCGCAGACGCCUCCGACGACGAAGUACAUAUCUCUGAAUCCUAAUUUAUUCUUAACUUUAUUUACUUUA